AUCUCCGGCGAAGAGAUCGCCAUCAAACUCGAGAGCGUCAAGGCCAAGCACCCGCAGCUGGAAUAUGAGGCCCGUGUCUACAAGUCGAUUGCCGGCGGGGUCGGCAUCCCCUUCGUUCGAUGGUUUGGCACCGAGUGUGACUACAACGCCAUGGUGAUGGAUCUGCUCGGCCCCUCGCUCGAGGAUCUCUUCAACUUCUGCAACCGCAAGUUCUCGCUCAAGACCGUGCUGCUGCUUGCCGACCAGCUCAUCUCCCGUAUCGAGUACAUCCACGCAAAGUCCUUUCUCCAUGCGCGACAUCAAGCCCGACAACUUCGUUAUGGGCAUUGGCAAGCGUGGAAACCAGGUCAACGUCAUUGACUUCGGUCUGGCCAAGAAAUACCGUGACCCGAAGACGCACUUUCACAUUCCAUACCGUGAAAACAAGAACUUGACUGGCACGGCUCGCUAUGCCUCGAUCAACACGCAUCUGGGUGUCGAACAAUCGCGUCGCGAUGACGUCGAGUCGCUGGGCUACGUUCUCCUUUACUUCUGCCGUGGUUCUCUUCCGUGGCAGGGUCUUAAGGCAGCUACGAAGAAGCAGAAAUAUGACCGUAUCAUGGAGAAGAAGAUGACCACCCCUACUGAGGUGUUGUGCCGCGGAUUCCCGAACGAAUUUGCUAUCUACUUGAACUACACCCGUAGCCUGCGCUUUGAUGACAAACCAGACUAUUCCUACCUGCGCAAGAUCUUCCGAGACCUCUUCAUCCGCGAGGGCUUCCAGUAUGACUACGUCUUCGACUGGACCGUCUAUAAGUACCAGAAGAAUGCCCAGGCCAUCGCUCAGGCUCAGGGUCAGAACCAUCCCGACGUCAAGCCACAGGAGAAGGUUACUCGAAAUCGCCCGAGGCACCAGCCCAGCCAAGGUUAUUGAAGUCUAGACACACUGUCCCUUCCAGCUCAUCGGUUAUCGUCUGCUUGCCAGCUCGUGUUUGGGCCAGGUCUUCGAUGAAACCUCUUUGCAGAUGGAAGCGUGACAAUGUCAUAAAUUUACUACAGGUGGAUAGCGACGGAUAAGUCCGUCGGAAUCAAGGACAUUCAGUGCUGCCGUUGAGCUCUACGACGCUGUGCGGCGAUGAUUUAGCAAGUCUACAAGGCUCGAGGGGGGGGGGGGGGGUUCUCUUUGCUCCAGAUGGUUCUUUGCCACCUCUACCGCCGUUUUUCCAUACAUCACAUGGACUCCCACUAGUUACAUUGACAGUGGGUACAGCAUGUCGUCCAUUGCACUUGGCCAGAGGGGGUAGAUUAUAGGCAUUUCCAGAUAUUUCCAGAUAGUAUCAGGUAGAGAAAUCAGAGGUCUGUCGCGUGUUUUCUUUUUCUUUUUUUUUUUUUUCUUUCUUUAUCUCUUGUUGAUGUUACCGAUCCGGAUUUUCACAGCUCCUUGCUUCGUCGAGGCUCGAGCACUUCCACUUUGUAUCCUAAGUUUUUCGAUAGCUUUCCACUCGAUAGGACAUCCACUCCCUUGCCUCUCUCCUCUA